AUGACGGGUGCGACCCUACGCACCAUAGGUUUCCUGUUCGUCAACUUCUUGGCAAAGUUUGAGGCCAGCAGGCAGCAGACGGCGUGGUCCGUCAGCUUCACCUCGGCGGGUGUAGCGUUCUCAGGUGUCCUGUGCAAAUUCCUGCUGCGGUGGUCAGCACCUUGGCCAUUGAUAGUGGUCGGCUCUGCGUGCCAAGUGGCGGGAAUGUUCGGCGCGUACUGGGCCACAAAUGUCACCAUUCUGGCAUUGACCUUCGGCUUGUUACACGGAAUUGGUGCCGGCAUGGUGUUCGUGCUGACUGGCACGUUCAUCGAGCGUACAUUCCCGAUCACGAAGCGCCGCCUGCUGAUGCAGCUGAAUAUGGUCGCAUUCUGUGCUGCGGGCUCCUUCUUCCCUCGCAUACUGCUCUACCUAGCGCAGGAAUUCGGCUAUUCCUGGAUGAUGCUCUUUCUUUCGGGAGUGAUGCUCAACGUGCCCGUUCUGUGUGUGCUUUUCAGGCCCAGACCAAACCCCGAAGAAAACAACAACGUCCUCCCGAACGCAACUGUGCAGAAAAUAUUCAGCGUCGAGCAGGGAACCGGCAAGCUGAGCCACUCCGAAAACGUCGGAGCACUUGUACCUGAGUCGAUGUUUACCAAGCCCUUAUUUUACGUGACUGCACUGACGCACCUCAUCUUCUUCUACGUCAUCAAUCUCUUUGCAAGCAUAUCUGUUGACACCAUUCUAAGCAAAGGCAUACCCGUCAUUCUUGCAAUCACUAUCGCACCAUCGGUGUCCGUGUUGGAUUGUGUCGGUCGUGUCCUAAUGCCAUUGCUUACUGAGAAGGGUCACGUGAAGAGAUCGACGCUUGUGAUGGUGGACUAUUUUUCCAUCGGCGUGGGAUUCAUCCUGAUCGCCUUCAUUAGAACCUAUCCUGCGAUGCUGGCCACUUGUCUUGGCUUCGGUGCCUUCAGUGGCCACGCAAUCGCCGUGCACAACUCCCUGAUGGGCGAUGUCGUUGGUGCAGGGCAACUAGACACGAGCAACAGGAUAGUGACCUGCAUCGCCACAGUGUCCUUCCUGACGAAGCCUCUUCUUUUGGGUUUCUUCAGGGACAUGCAGGGAUCCUAUGACAACCUAUACCGCAUUAUGAGUGGCCUCAUGUUUCUCAACGCUUUAGUUUGGCUAGUCGUAAAUCUUACAGACAGGUUCCGCAAGAAGCGAACGUGGACAACGAGAGAUUCUCAACUCCAGUUGUGUGACCUUCCCACGCUCACCGGAUACCAAGUGAUGGAUUUGACUUCGCUGAUGGCUUGAGAACACUCUCACUGAAGAAAAAGUGUUUCUCAGCUAGCCGACUGCGAGUAACCAUAUUGUUGUUGCAGAGCGCGAAAUUUGAUAGAAAUCAUGCUAAAUUUCACGUUCCAUGUGUCUCCCUGUCGCUAAGCUUAAAAGAACACCAUUUCUGAUAGGCAACAAUACUGCAUUUACAUAUUUCUAUUGUUCAUGCGUUGACGUUCUAUAUGUAUAAAGUAAUAUAUGGCAGCUAUUGAUGUGCCAAAGCCCAAGGAUCACAAACUUGUGCCUGUUGAUCUACAUAAAGAAAAUGUGGGUUUUCGGAGCGGAAAAUUGUGUUUCAGCCUGUAAAGCACGACCUGUUUUUUCUGUCUACAUUUGCGAGUGGGUGUACAGGUACUUGAAUAUUUUUGAUUCCGUUGUUUGAUGCUUUGUCUCAGCAAAUUUUCUACCUGUAAUAUUUUAGCAUGAACUGUGGGUUACUUCUUUACGUCUCGGGUACUUUUGCUAGAUUUGCUUUUGGUAUGUUUGAGCGUAGUGCCUGGUAUUGUACCGUUAUUAUGUUUGUCCGCGUGUCAGUGCGUGCGAAAAAAGGUUACGAUGCACACAUACCAAUUAGCUCGUCUUGCAAUAUUACUCCCGUUCAUGGCUGGUAAUAUUUAGAACCGUGAUGGUUCUGACAUCCUGAUGCCAAAUUUUGUUCUCCUGCGUCGUGCAGUGAAAAUGUUGAAUAUCAAUUUUGUGUAGAGGAAAAUGUUGGGUUUCGUUAUGUACAAUAUUUAGUGCACUGCCGUGUUUCCUGAUACGCUUGACGUUGAAUAUAAAUUUAUCAAAAAAAUAAUGCGAACAAGCUGAAUCAAUCACCAUUCUAAAAGCUGUUUCGGAAAAUAGGUCUUAUAUGACGUUGCACCGUGGUCAUUUUCCUAUGUCUCGAACUAUUCAUCUCCUACAAGUCCCCGUGGUCUCGUCGUAGAUCAGUGAAGGCACUGCCGUCUACUCUGUGAUAACUGUUCAGACAUUGAUGUCCUGUCAAUGUCGCUUCAGUGCUUAUUUUAGGUAACGUUGCACUUAUUGUUUGUGUGUUCUUGACUUUUUAGAGAUUGAAAAUAUUUUGUCAACACGUGAUUACAGCUUGGCCACGCGCUUACGCAAAUGCCGAGUGACGACGCUAGUAAUAUGAUUCCGACGUGGAGAUGGUUUAGACGAGCCUUUAAUUUUGUGUCAAUGUGCAUAAAGGCCUUCUGAGGUAAUUGUGUCUUGUACACCGAUAUUGGGAGUAUGUAUAUAGUGUGGACUGGGCAUGUAGAGUAUAAACUCUGUUGUUAAAAAUCUAUUUUAGUGUGUUAUUUCUGAGCACUUGCCAUUUUAUUUCCGCACCAUAUUAGUACAGUUAUGUCACCCGUUAUUGUGAUUUCAGAGAACGUUGAUUCUUUCGCCAUUCUGUUAUCGCACGCCACAAGCAUAGCGUAGAUAUCCAGUGUCAGCUUUCGUUUUAGCGUAGGCUGUACAGGUCGAGACAUUUGUGGUGUCAAAACGGACAAACACAGAGUAAUUCGAACUUUUACUCUGGCACGGCUCAGUGUGCAUCAGCUAUGUCUAUUGAUAGAAUAUAUGACACUGCUAUUAGCACCGAAACGACAGGCUCCUGCUUACUUUAAAACAUCGAAGUAUCACGUUGUCUGGCUAUUUGCACCUUUGUCGCUCAUCCGCCGCUUAACAUGUGCAUUGUUAGAACACUUAUGAACAUCCCGGUUUAAAUGUACUAAUCAAUAUAUUCAGAAGUGACGAUGUUGACAUUGUGAAGGUUGAAAGAGAGGUGCUAUUCUGAGAACCUGUUCAGGACAACAACAACUCAACACUUCAUCAGAACACUCAACGGAACAAUGUGUUCAGGAUAGAACCCUGAACAGAUGUACAAGACUGUUAUAAGAAAUACGUUAACCGGUGAAAUAAUCUUGUGCAUGUUCCCCAGAGAAUACGAUAUACCUAACGAUUAUAUGCGGAUUGUUUCAAUCAGUGAAUAAUUUCCUAAGUGUGCGACUGACAUUUCCGCGAAGUUUGAUGAUUAUCUUGUGCUCUAAGACACUCGACAGUAUAAUAAUAUGGGUGCUAAGUGCUGCACACUUGUUGAUUUACUCCGCUGUGGAGCGUUUGCUUUUGUGUGUUUGCUAUUAUAGCGCAAUUUAGUUCUCCUGAAAAACUUGUAAACCUUUUAAUUUCGAGUACCUUUACGUUUUACUACUACAUUUAUGUCAUUUUUAACGGGUCUUUGUUACAUUGAAUUGCCCCAAUUCGGUUUUCAUUGAAAGAAACUCGUAGAACAUAGGUCUAUUUUUGGUUGUGCUGUCAGCCAUGCUAGUCACUUUCUUGCCUACAAUGGAACAUUUCGAUGGAAUACUUUUGUCGUAAGCCAAGAAAAUAUCCGGCUGUCGAGAUUGAAAACCCUGUUUUAUAAACUGUACCUGCAUUGUAUUUACGUGCACUGGUUUAUUCAAUGUGAGUUAAUAUACGUGAUUGUCUAUGUUACCUCUAAUAAAAAGUUUUAGGACAAUUUUA